AUGUUUCUCCGACAAAAAAAAAUAAACUCCAUCACCAUCGCUGCAUCGAUAAACAAGUCUAUCGUCAAGUGUGGCCAUCGACUCACCCGAGUUUUCUCCGAGUUUGCCCGCCUGGUAACCCCAUCGUGUCACAUUAAAGGGUUCGAGGUCAUCGGAGAGAAAACGAUUACAACCCGCUUUGACGAUGUCGAUGUCGAUGUUAAACCCGCUCCUAAGCUUGAAUGGGAAACAUGUAGCUUCAAUAUCUUGCCUAGGUCACCAGUUCUCUUCUUGCAAAGGAAUUUGCUACCACCAUUGGGGUCGGAUAUAAAAGGGACCAUCGUGCUUGACUUGGACGAGACACCGGUGCAUUCAAGCCUCGGCCCACCGCGGCCGAGGUACGAUUUCACUGUUUCGAGGGUUGUGGACGGGGUUACGAUAUAUUUCUACGUAUUUAUACGGCCCGGGGUCGACGAAUUCUUGGAGAUCAUCAGCAAAAAAUACGAGCUUGUCGUGUUCACGUCAGGGCACAAAGCGUAUGCUUCCAAGGUGCUCGACGUACUCGACCCUAACGGGUACAUAUCGCAUAGGUUUUAUAGGGACUCAUGCAAAAAAGUGCGCGGAAAAUUCAUAAAGGACUUGCCAGUGUUCGGAAGAGACUUGAGGAAGGUCGCGAUCGUAGACGACAACCCGAAAACGGGAUUCCGAUCAAGCCGUUUUAUGGUGACGAGCUCUGGGAUCGGGAGUUGA